AUGUCCGAUUGUGACAUCGAAAAUCCCAACCUGACCUUCACCAUAGGUAAAGCUGCAGACAUUGGAAAGGAUAUUAUACACAGUGGAGAAGAUGCAGCAGGUAAAGCUGCAGACAUUGGAAAGGAUAUUAUACACAGUGGAGAAGAUGCAGCAGGUAAAGCUGCAGACAUUGGAAAGGAUAUUAUACACAGUGGAGAAGAUGCAGCAGGUAAAGCUGCAGACGUCGGAAAGGAUAUUAUACACAGUGGAGAAGAUGCAGCGGGUAAGCAAGAUUUAAAUGCUAUUAAAAAUCAGCUUUGA